UUCACCUUUCCUCCCUCUCCUUGUCGUCGUUCAGUUCUGCAGCUAUAUCAUCGCUCCGUCUGUUGUGUCGUACGUCAAGCACUGUGAUGGGCCUUUUCACGAUCAUCCGGAAGAAUCGCCAGAAGGAGAAGGAGAUGCGGAUCCUCUUCCUAGGACUCGACAACGCGGGCAAAACGACAAUACUGAAGAAGCUGAAUGGGGAGGACAUUAGCGGCAUUAGCCCUACCCUCGGGUUCAACAUCAAGACGUUUGUGCAUCGCAACUACACUUUGAACAUAUGGGACGUUGGCGGCCAGCGCACGCUUCGGCCUUACUGGCGGAAUUAUUUCGAGCAGACGGAUGCGCUCGUGUGGGUCGUCGACUCGAGCGAUCGGAUGCGCAUGCAGGAUUGUAGGGAGGAGCUCCAUAGCUUGCUGUUGGAGGACCGACUUGCUGGUGCAUCGCUGCUCAUAUUUGCGAACAAGCAGGACCUGCAAGGCUCGCUAACGAGUGCAGAGAUCCGGAACGCCUUGGGCCUCCUCUCGAUCAAGUCGCACCAUUGGAAGAUCCUCCCAUGCAGUGCGGUGACGGGUGAAAAUCUCGUCGAGGGUCUCGACUGGGUGGUGGACGAUGUUGCAAGGAGGUUAUAUUACUCAACGGCAAUCGGAGAUACAGCGCCACACCCCACGUUCAAGCCUGCCACUAUAUCUGUGUCAUAAUUUGCACCAUCAUUACAAUGUGCACUCACGAGACCAUCUAGAAGGCUGCCGCCCACCUACUUUCAUGCCGUGCCCAUUUCCCCGCGUCUAGUUGGCUAUAUCUUGCGUGUUUACCGGUCUCUUCUGACGUUUCGUGUGCUCAUGAUCAACCUCUUCAACAUGUAUUGGAAUAUCGCACCACCGUCUCGAUGUCUAGGUCUCGGUCAACAUUAUACUUAGGGUGCAACGAAGGGGUAGCCAGGUGAGGAUCGCAGAGGUAAGCUG